GUGGCGCUAACAGCGGGGCGGGGCCUGUGCCUGCCCAGCCGGUGGCCGGGCCGGCGUGCGGGUGACGAUUAAAUACAGCCGGGGCGGUGGAGUGAGGGUCGGAGAUGGCGCUGCGGCAGGACCUGGAGAACGGUUCCCUGGAAAUAACACAGAGUUUGGAAGAUGAUCCUCUACUAGAUGCACCGCUUAUUUCAUCUCAUACAUUGCAUUCCCAACUGAGGCCAAGAUUUCAUGCUAUACCAGCAGUUCUGCUUGCCAAUUUUCUGUUGCUUAUACACGUUGCUUUUGUUGUUCUAGCAUUUUUAGCAGCCAUGUUUUGUUCUUACCCCAAUCCCAAUCAGGAUAAGUGCUCUGGAAAUUAUACUCACCCACUUAAAGUGCAGACUGUCAUCAUCAUUGCAAAAGUAAUUCUGUGGACUCUGCAUGUUUUUUUUGAACGAUACAUCCAGCACCACCACAGUGAAGUCAGAAGCAGAGGUUACUUCUCAAUAUACCGAUCAACAAGAUGCCUAAAAAGGCUUCCACUGCUGAUACACUCCACAGGUAAUACAGCCCUGCUUUUGAUUCUGUCAAUGCAGCAUUCCUUUCCUGACCACAGUAAAGUGUACCUGUAUCUUAUCCUGGGAGUCCUGGGCCUGGAACUGAUUAGCUCACUGACAUGCUUAGUGAUUUACACAGUGAGGAUAAGCAACUUCAAUCGUGCCAAACCAAGACCUGACAUAAUUGAAGAAGAAAAGAUGUACGCCUACCCUAGUCACGUUACCUCAGAAAUUGGAUUCAGGGAAAAUUCAAGUUUAGAAGAGAUAGUUGAAAAGCAAGGAGAUGUAAUAGAAUAUCUUCAGCGACACAACGCACUGCUCAGCAGGAGACUAUUGGCACUAACAUCUCAACAAAUUAAAACUUAACAGAAUUUGGGAAAGUGCUGCUGGAGCUCUGGAAGGAACACGAGGUAAUGUAAUACCCAGACAGAUUUGUAUAGAUGACUCUGCUGCAAUCAUCUUUCACAUUUUGAAAUAGAAAUGGAAAGGUGAGCUCUGCAUACACUAUAGACCUGUUACAACUGGACACUCUGGCUCUCCUCAAAUCAUCAGUGCUGAGAAAAAGUUCUGGAGCUUCAUGGAAUUUUUAAUUCCUAACAGGUCGAAGUUGGACCUGAGGUAAGGGUUUAACUUUUUUCAGUUGUUGCUAUUAUUUUGUACUGCUGUAACCUUUAAGCUUCGAACUACCAAGUAUUUUUAUAUUUCUAGAAUAUGGAUUUGUUAUCUAGAAAAAUCUGAUGUUGCAAAGGAUAUCUUUUCAGUUUCUAGUGCUGAAGCUGAAACUAGAUGUGUUCUGUCACUGAGUUCCAUUACUUCUGGUGUUAGAGGUAGUGUACUUCAAUUAUCCUAUACAAGGUAGAUACUUUCUUUCUAGAUCAGGCUCCUUUUCUCUUUUUGUCAAGGAAAGAAAUGAAACUGUUGCCUGUGCCAGCGGGGAAAUUUGGCAUCCAAUUCAGGAUUUAAAAAAUAGUGGUGGGUGUCCCAGAACAGCAGAUUUCACAAGUCUGUGGUACACAAUAAUGCCACGAUAAGCAAUAUGAGCAGUUGUUUGGAAUUCUGACUUUAAAACCUGUAAGAGGGAUCCUCAGGGAUGAUGACUUUCCCAUUACUAGGAAUCUGUGUCAGCUAAUGAUCAACAAGAUACUUGCCAACUGAACUAACCUAAUACAAAAAUACUUGAGUGAGAUGUUUUGAUGUUGUAACUAACUUGUGUGGAAUGUAUUUAAAGAUCCUGUUAAAGGUGCAUCAGGUACAUCUUUGGUCUUUAUUUUGACUCUUCAAAAAAUGUCAGCAUCUUGAUUUAAAAGCUAAAGUAGUGUAUGUGGGGAGGGGAAAAGCAACAGAAGACAGGUCUUUCAGAAGUUGAAGAAACAAGGAUUUUGGUUCUGUUUCAUGGACUUACUGGGAAGGCUGGUGAAAGAACAGUUCUGUUCUGUGUAUUACUUUUGUCUACCACUGUAGACCAAGAACUAUUUUAGAAGCCAAUGCCUUUGUGGGGACAGGGUAAUUGCUAAUCAAAACUGAGAAGGCAGCUUUCAUGAGGAGUGGUCUUGUACUUUAAUAUAAGAAAAACAGAAGAAAAUGAAUCCGUCUUACUUUAGUCCUAGGGCACAACUUUAGAAAUAACCAAAUGUUUAAUUUGCAACAAACAUGGGGAUUGUCUCAUUUAAAGGAAUACAGUAAAUAUUGGAGAGUUUGCUGCUAUCCAACACUAGACUGUUCUCAACUGUUGUUUCUUGAAAAUGCAGCCAAGAUUUUGUAGUAUACCUGUAAGGAAUACAAAUGUGUUUUGUUUUUAGAACUCAAGUUUUGAUGUGAUUGUAUAUACCAAUUUGUAUGAUUUCUAUGAAAAGCAGUAAAAUGUGACUGUGAAGCUCAUGCACAAUAAAUGCAACUAAGGAAGAGUGUGAAUCCUGUCAUUUCUAGGCUCAUGUACAACUGGUGAAGACAGUUCCAGACUGUGCAGAUUUUGCUAUGCUGAAGUUCUAGCAGCACAGUUCUGAUGCUUAAAACUAGCCAAAAUCUGUUAUGACAAGGAUAGCUGAGCACUUUUUCUGAAGCUUUAAGUUUAGGGGUUUUUUCUUUUUCCUGGGUAUUGUUUUGCCAUCACACUUCAGCCUUUCCCUGCUACUCCUCUUUUUCUCGGAGGAAUUCCUCUUUUUCAUAGAGGAAUAGGCUUCAUAGUGUAGCAGAACAACUUCACUAUAUUUUGAGGGCAUUGCUCAUACUCUCCUCUUCUCCUUCAUGACUGUUUAAGGUGAAACUUGGAUUAACCAGCAGUACUGCUUUCUAUGGAACAUACCAGCUAAAAAGCAAAGUGCAGGUUGCAGUUAUGUGAACAUGCACAUCUCCUGCCCUUUGUAGUUCAUAGCUCUUAAGUUGUUGAUCAUUUGUGUACUUCCAACAAUCAACCCCCAUUUUUGUAUCUCAUUACACUGCCACCAUAUCUUGUUUUAUUAGUAUUUUUAAGCUAAAAAAAAAAAUAAAGAGGGGUUUCACAUCUGUGCAGAACACUCCUACACACCCUGAACACUUUCUACCAGCUUGCCAUGGUAAGGCUACAAAGAGUUGAGCAGGGGCUACCAGAGCAUGGCAAGGACAGCACACACUGGUAAGUGUGUGUCAGCCCUCAGGCUGUUGCUGGCACCUUUGCACCAGAUGGUGCAAGAACAGCCCCUGCCCCACUCUGGGGGCAGGUAACUACCAGUGGCUCCUGUCUGGGCACCAGGUUUCAUGGUCAUGCUACUUGCUUGGUGUGAUGUCAAGGCAAAGCAGUUCUGUGUGGCAUGCUGGGUGUUGUAGACUUGUUCAGUGAUGGGCACCCACCUCAUCCUGCCAGUGUGGCCUGGCCUGUUGCUGAGCUUAUCAGCUUAUUUUGAGCUACCAGUGGGUGGUGAUGGCAGAGCAGAUAUGGGAGACUCAGUGUAAAUGGUGGUGCUCAAAAUGCAACAUUAAAAGGACAAAUAGCUGCUGUUCUGUGAGCAAGAGAAAGCUCAGCUGCAGCCUUGCUGCAUCUGGUGGUACCACAGCUCUGAAAUUGGAUGCAGAGUCCUAAUUUUUCAGAUUAUGUUGCAUCUUGCUCACUGGAAACCUCUCCGCUGGUACAAGCUUAGGUGCUGAGUGUAGCAGCAGCCAGUGCUGUCUGACCAGCUCCAGAGCAACCCAUGGCCCAUCAUCAGUGUUGCUGCUGGGGUCACUGUCCCUGCAGCAUCAGUACCUGAUCACAGGUCGGAUCUUACUAUCUGAAGUAAAAUCCGGUGUGCUGCAUGCUCAGAAAGCAGUAAAGCAUUAGCUCCAAAUUUUGGGUGGGAGAAGGGGUGGAGAAGGGAAGUAUCACCUUGUGAACUAUGUGUGUUCUGCUGCAAAUCAGUGCUUUGCUAACUACCAAUGCCACCUCUUAGGCAUGGCACACCUGCGUGUAUGAGAUCAUAUGUGAAAUUAAACGGCUAAAGAAAUCAGUGAUGCUCUUUAUGGCAUUUCAGCAUCUAUAGUUACAUAAAUAUUUGCAGUUCUGUGGUCUUAACUUGGUUGCAAUCCACUAGACCAUAGCAGGGUAGCAAGAAGAUAAUGAAGGAAUGUUUCCCAAUAUAUGUUGCAACUAUAUGUUAAAAUAUAAAAAUGUAUUCCUUUUGAGGUUUUUUAUUAUUAUUGUUCGUACCCUCCAAUAACUGUUAAUUUCUGUGGAAAAACAAUGUAUAUGUUUUUCAGGGUUGAGGAAACAAGUAUUUCACACCACCUAAGAAACAAAAGACUCAGGGUUGCCCCCCAAAUGUUCACAUUAUGGGUUUUUUGAUGAUUUCUAGAUGAAAUGCUAAAAUGAAAGAAAAGGAAAGAAAAAUUAUGAUCUUUUGUGAAUGCACAUCAUGUAUAAGGGGGGAAAAAUGUCAGUAUUUGUGGGGUGUUUUUUCUGAAUAACUCAUAGUGGAAAUUCUGUAUAAACACUUUAGUAUUUCACCUCAAAGCAAAUCAUUGACUGUAAUAGACUUUAACAGGAUUUUCAUGCUUUAAGGUUCUGCAACAAUAUGCAGUUAAGCAGGCUUGCUCCACUGAAGGUCAUUCUUACUCUAAAAAGGGAAGUUCUAUCAAGGACCAAAGAUACUUGGCAGACAACAAUCUAACCUUGAGGUAACUCCAAACACAUGAAAAAGUAUCCUUGGCUGUCGGAGUGAGUUGGGCUUUUAGGCAUUGUUGCUAACUGAAGAUGCAGGUUGUGCUGCUGGAGUGCUUCCCACUUUGCACAAAUAUUCUGCAGCUGAUCACCCCCAAGAAAGAUAAAGGUCAUCAUGGUAGUAAGACAUCAGUAUGCUAAUUGUGCUGUCUGAUUGUAGUCAAACAUUUGAAACUUAUUUACCAUACUAAUGCUUCUCCUGGGUGAUGUUGAUAUAAAUCUUAUGUAACCCUUAGCAAAAUUUGGCUUUGUGUGUACAGACACUAAGAUAUUUAUAGCAUGCAUAUGUGGCAUAAGGGAAAUAUUUCCAGUCUUUAUUCUUCUAUAAUUUCCUUUUUUUCCACACUGGAAAGGGAAGAGGUGAAUUGUUUAUUAUCCUUUGGGAACACACUAAUCUGCUGUUUCUCACCAUAGACUUACAUUUGCUUCUCUUUCCUGUUGACCUGCUGUUACAUCAUUUUGUAUUUCACUCUAAACCACCUAAUAUAAUUUAAAAAAUACUUACUGAAACUGACUUUCAAAUAAAUUUACACAGACAAACUUAAAAACUACGUACGAGACAGAGCAGUUCUAAUUUUCAGAAACUCACUUUUUGCCUUUUGGAGUUUGAGGUCUGAAUCUACCAGAAUCAAGUUUUGAUUGCGUCCAUGCAAGCGUCAGUUCUGAUUUUCAAUAUACAGCAAUUUGUAUUUGUACAAAUGUACGCUCCUGUGCACACAAGGAGUUUGAUCGGUUCAGCUGUUGUAGCACUGUGUCCAUAUGCUUCAUAUUUAUGUAAGUAAUCACACUGUUAUCAUACAAAAUCAUUUUUACCAGAUGAAUUAAAUGAAAAUGGCUAGUUUGUCAACAAAGUCAAAAGCAAGUCCAGCUCAGCUGAAAACAAGGUCCUUUUAACUUAAGUGGGAGCAGGACUUCAAUACCAGUGCUGUGGUGUGCUGUAGCGGCAACUUAGCACUUAAAUUUAUUUACAGUUUCCAACAACCAAAUUAAUGCAUUUUUUAGCUUCUGCUACCCUUCAGACUACUUCAGAGUUUGAUUUUUCUCCUGAAAUUUGUAAGAACAUCCGGAUUUCAAGAUUUAACACUGAGAUAAUUCAAAAUCUUGCUUAUUCUAGGCAUGAAGACAAAACAUAGCGUGGGUUCUGCUGUAAUACUGUGGGCUCAUGAUGCUGUGUUAUAGCAUGCUGUGAUUACACCAGCCAGUAGUUUUAAACCAAGUUCUUUCUAAAUAGUUUUUACCAGAAUUUCUUGUUUUUAAAAAGACAAAAAAAUGUCAGGAAAAGGUUUCCAUGAAAACUACUAUUUAUUGGUGUCAGAAAUUGAGUGAGAAAACUGUUUACACACCGAUUCCAUAUGAAUCUACAGGAAACUAGACAAAUCUACAUUUUUCUCUUGCUGCAUUGACUUCAACAGCCAAAGAAUGUAAAUUUUGAGAAGUAUAAAAAGUUUAUUUAAAGUGAGAUGUUAUUUGAAGUGCA